UGCGGGUGCCGGGGUAGGACUGAGUCAGUGGUUGGCGGGAGCGGCGGCUGUGGCGUCGCCGCUGCUGGGCGCUUUGGGGCCGGAGAGGUCUUCAUCCUGUAAAAAGACAUCAAUAUCCUGAUUUAGUCCACUGAAAAUGAAGCAAGAUUCUACUAGAAAUGCUGCUUACACUGUGGAUUGUGAAGAUUAUGUGCACGUGGUAAAAUUCAAUCCAUUUGAUUGUGGAGACGCAUGUUCCCUAAUUGCAUAUGGUGGCAAUAAUUAUGUAGUUAUUGGGACUUGCAGAUUUCAGGAGGAGGAUGCCGAAGUGGAAGGGAUGCAGUAUAAGACACUAAGAACGUUUCAUCAUGGAAUCCGAGUUGAUGCCAUUGCAUGGAGUCCAGAAACUAGGCUUGAUGCUUUACCUCCUCAGUUAAGAUUUUGUACUGCUGCUUCUGAUAGGAAGUUAAGGCUAUUUACUUCAGACUUGCAGGACAAGAAUGAAUAUAAGACAUUUGAUGGCCACUCAGAUUACAUUAAUGAUCUGGUAUUUGCUCCCAAAGAAGGCCAGGAAGUUGCAAGCGUGAGUGAUGAUCAUACCUGCAGGAUCUGGGAUUUGGAAGGAAAUGAGAAGGCCCAUUUUGUUUUACGUUCUCCUGGAAUGAGUGUUUGCUGGCAUCCUGAGGAGGCUUUUAAGUUGAUGGUAGCAGAGAAGAAUGGAACAAUACGAUUCUAUGACCUGAUAACCCAGCAGGCUAUUCUGUCUCUGGAGUGUGAACAAACACCACUGAUGUCAGCAGACUGGUGUUUAAAGAAUACUCUUAAAAUUGGAGCAGUUGCUGGAAGUGAUUGGCUAAUUUGGGACAUUGCCCGCUCCAGAUGUUUUAGUUAUCCACAGGAUAAGAGACCUGUCCAUGUGGAUCGAGCCAGAUUAUUCAGAUGGUCCCGAGUGAAUGAAAAUCUGUUUGCAACCACUGGAUAUCCAGGCAAGACAAAUACUCAACUCCUGGUACAUCAUUUAGGACAUCCUCAGCCCAUUCUUAUUGGCACCGCAGCUGUAGGAUCUGGUUUGACAUGGCACAGAACUCUUCCAUUAUGUGCAGUCGGAGGAGAUCAUAAAAUUUUCUUUUGGGUGACUGAAAUGUAAAAUAAGCUUUUGUUUGGAUUAUUAUACUAUAAUGUCCUUUCUGUAGCAAAACAUAAAGGAAUUUACUCUU